UUGGCGAUUUCAAAGAUGCCGCCGACGACUGCAGCUGAAAAGCAGAAAAAAUAUCGCGAUAAGUUGAAAAAAGAAAACCCUCAAAAGUAUGAAGAAAUACAAAAGAAGGCCAAAGAAAGAUCUGCACAACAGGGGAAAAAAAAUGAUACCAAAGAAAAGAUCAAAAAGAAUUUGAAAGAAAAGUUUCUAAUAGAAGAGAAGCACAAAAUUGAGAUUGAAUGUACUAAGAAAGAUGAAAGCAAGGAAAUUCUAAUUGUUAUCGCAGAAGAAGAGAGAAAAGAAGCUGAUGAAAAUAAAGAAAAUUAUACAAUUGAGACUGAAUAUAAAAAACAACUUGAAAGCAUGAGAGGACAAAAUAAUACUGGUGAAGUUUUACAAGACGCAGAUAAAUAUAAACAAAUGGAGAAAACAGAUUUAGAUAAAAUAAACAAAUCUGAGAAUUUAAAAGAAGAUGAAAGUGACAAGGAAUCGAAUACAAAGGAAGAAGGAGCAAAAGCAAUUGAGAGUGAAGAAAAUACGCAGAACUUUACUUUAAAUAUGAAUGAUAGCAUAAUAGUUCGAUAUUUCCAAAGGAAAACGUGGAAAUAUUUUAUAGGAUUUGUUGAGAAUAUAGAAUUUAAGAACGGAGAAAAUUAUUAUAAAGUAAAAUUUUUGAAAACUGUGAAGGAUUUAUCUGAUUCCGUGAAGUUUGUAGUCCAAAGAAAAUCAGAUAUUGAUAUAGUGACCAAUAUUUCUAUCGUCAAAAAGACGCCAGCCCACCCAAUCUAUCUAGAUUUUCAACUUUACCACAAAAGAAUUCAUUUCGAUUGA